AAACCAUUUUACAAACGGAGUAGGCCGGGCCCAUUCCAUACAAGCUUUUAAGUCUCACAAAAAUAUAAUUUCCUGAGUCAAUUUUCCUCGUUUGAGGCAGAACGAACGAGACAGAUCCCCGUUAACAUUUAUUCUAGUGAAAAAAGAAACAGAAACGACCAAAUCGAACAAUGAGUGACCUUAAGAUGACCGUGUCCCUGACCAGCGUGAAUGGAGAGAACAUGUCGCGCCAUGACAUGCUCCAAUGGGUCAAUACCAUGGUGCAGGGCCAGUUCAAGAAGAUCGAAGAGCUGUGCUCAGGUGUUGCCUACUGCCAAAUGAUGGAGUUGAUCUUCCCUAACUGCAUCAACCUGAAGCGCGUAAAGAUGAGCGCCAAGCUGGAGCACGAGUGCCUGCACAAUCUGAAGCUAUUCCAGGGCGCCUUUACGCGCCUCAAGCUGGACAAAACGGUGCCCAUCGAUCGCCUGAUCAAGGGCCGCUUCCAGGACAACUUUGAGUUCCUGCAGUGGUUCAAGAAGUUCUUCGACUCGCAGGCUCCCGGCAUGGAGAACAUCAAAUCGGCGGCCAACGCGCCCAUUCCAAAGCCCAUCAAGCCACGCGGCUUCGCCAAGGAACUUGCCAAAGUAGUUUCGCCACCAGCCAGCGAUAUAAGCGCAGAGGACGAUCUAACCAUUAGCGACUUGAUGAGCGAGAUUCAGACCUUGAGCCUGAAGACAGACAGCGCCGUGGUGGCACGCGACGAGUGCUACAACAAGCUGCUCCAAAUCGAAGGCCUGAUGGACGACAUGAUAAACGGCGGCAAGCACGUGGAGUUCUGCAAUCGCAUCUGUGCCGUGCUCUACAAGACCAUUGAUGGCCAGCCCGCUGCAGCAGACAGCCUGGGAAGCAACGGAAAUGCCAAUGGCAACGCCGCUCCCGACACAGCACUGGUGCCGCCGGUGGCUAAUGCGGAGUAUUGAGAUUGUUUGGCGUGUCAUUGUUGUUCUUAUUUUAAUUUGUAUUAUUAAACUUAUUGUGCAUUAA